AUGCUGAGGAGACGUAACCUUCUUACCACGCUCCUGAUCGCCUUGCCAUGGGCUCUUCUCCUAACCUUGUGGCACCAGUACCCAACCACCCGCUACCUCAGCCUGCUGAGAAAAGAGACAGAUGAGAACGUGACCUCUAAAGCUCUCCUCAAUGGUACAUCUGCACUGAGAGAAGAAGGCCUCCCAUCAUGUAUUCGGCAGCAGCAAAGCAUAGGGGCAACACCUAAAGUCAUCCAGAAUUAUGUGUACUCCAGGCCUCCUCCAUGGUCAGACACCCUGCCGACCAUCUUCGUUAUCACUCCUACCUACACGCGGCCAGUGCAAAAAGCUGAGCUGACCCGUCUGGCCAACACCUUCCUACACGUACAGAACCUGCACUGGGUGGUGGUGGAGGACUCGCCCCGGAGGACCAACCUGGUAUCCAACCUGCUGGAGAAGGCAGGGCUCAACUUCACCCACCUCAACGUGGAGACACCCAAGAGCCUGAAGCUGGGGCUGUCCUGGAUCCCAUCCCACACGCCACGGGGGACGCUGCAGAGGAACCUGGGGCUGCACUGGUUGAGGGACAGCUUCAGCAACAUCCCGCCACCAGAAGGGGUAGUGUAUUUUGCCGAUGAUGAUAACACCUACAGCCUGGAGCUCUUUGAAGAGAUGCGCUACACGAGGAGGGUGUCGGUCUGGCCAGUGGCUUUCGUUGGGGGGCUGCGAUACGAAUCCCCAAAAGUGAGCCCAGCAGGGAAGGUGGUGGGCUGGAAAACCGUCUUUGACCCUAACCGGCCCUUUGCUAUUGACAUGGCUGGAUUUGCUAUCAGCAUCAAGCUGAUCUUGGAGAAGCCUCAGGCCAGUUUCAAGCUGGAGGGAGUUAAAGGAGGCUACCAGGAAACCAGUCUGCUGAAGGAUCUAGUGACUAUGGAUGGUCUGGAGCCCAAAGCAGCCAACUGCACCAAGGUGUUGGUCUGGCACACAAGAACUGAGAGACCCACUCUGGUUAACGAAGGCAAGCGUGGAUUUACAGACCCCAGAGUAGAGGUGUAA